AAUAAAAAAUAAAAAAAAUUCGACCGAACGUCGGAGAAUCCUAAAGCCCCAACUCCCGAGUGGCCGAACGUUUUCCCCUCGAUUUCCACGAAAAUUCGGACACCAGUCUCCGCCAUUUCCGAACCUCGUCCUCCCUUCUUGUCCGACAUCGUCGUCACCGGCGGGGUCGAGUGCUCGCGUCGGCCGGUUGCAGAGGAGAAAUGACGUCGUUCUCUUCGCUAGCCGCCAUCUCCAGGCCUCCGUCGUCCUCCUCCUUCGCCCGCGCUUCCUUUCCAGCUCGCUCCAUCUCCGUUCCCGCCCCCCGAAUUUGCAGGUUAAGAGUCAACUGCAGCUAUGCAGAAGCUGGUGUACGGGACGACUCAAAUUCUGCUACGAUAGAUGUUGUGGCUGAUGUGAAGACUGAACGGGUUGUAGUCCUCGGAGGCAGCGGAUUUGUUGGCUCUGCAAUUUGUAAGGCUGCUGUAUCCAAGGGGAUAGAGGUUGUUAGCUUGAGCAGGUCCGGACGACCUACCUACCCAGGAUCUUGGGUGGAUCAGGUUACAUGGGCUUCAGGAGAUGUUUUCUAUGCCAACUGGGAUGAAGUUUUAGUUGGGGCAACUGCUGUGGUUUCAACCCUUGGUGGUUUUGGUAGUGAAGAGCAGAUGCAGAGGAUCAACGGGGAGGCCAACGUUGUUGCUGUAAAUGCUGCAAAGGAUUUUGGUGUUCCGAAGUUCGUCCUUAUCUCCGUGCAUGACUACAACUUACCAUCUUUUUUUCUUUCUUCUGGAUACUUCACCGGAAAGAGGAAAGCCGAAUCAGAAGUCCUCUCCAAGUAUCCGAACGCAGGUGUUGUCUUGAGACCGGGUUUCAUAUACGGGAAAAGGAGGAUAGAUGGUAUCGAGAUUCCUCUCGACAUUAUUGGUGAACCAGUGGAGAGAAUUUUGCAGGCCGUGGAGAACUUCACCAAACCUCUAAGCUCUCUCCCAGCAUCUGAUAUUCUGUUGGCUCCACCCGUUAGUGUUGAUGAUGUAGCGCUAGCGGUAAUCAAUGCUGUAAGUGAUGAUGAUGUUUUUGGAAUCUUCACAAUCGAACAAAUUAAGGAAGCUGCAGCAAAAGUUAAAGUGUGAAGUCACAUGUAGUACAGGCAGGUCCCAUUGACAAAGCAUCGCCUAAUACGGAGGCCAUUCUGUGGUGGGUUUGGUGUACUCAUUUACUAUAAAAUUUACAAUGCAGGCACAGGUUUUCUUGACGCCUUUUUUCUA